AUGAAUUCAUCAACACGUUGGUUAGUGAUUCUAGCUUUGUUUGCUAUGUUGUUCAUUAGUACAUCUAAUGUUGUAUUUGCAGAUGAUAAAACAACAGCGAUUGCAGGAGGAGAACCAUCAAAGCUACCAGACUCGUCAGAAGGAUCUAGUUCCUCAUCGGACUCUAGUUCUUCAUCUGACUCGAGUUCUUCAUCUGACUCGAGUUCUUCAUCGGACUCUAGUUCCUCAUCUGACUCGAGUUCUUCAUCUGACUCUAGUUCUUCAUCGGACUCUAGUUCUUCAUCUGACUUGAGUUCUUCUGGUUCAACAAACUCUUCUUCCUCAAAAAAUUCUUCUGAUUCAAGUUCAACCAUUCCUCCUUCAUCUUCAAGCUCUAAAUCCGACUCUGGAUCUAAAAGCAACCAGAAAUCAUCUGAAGCAUCUGAAUCUGAAGCAGAUGAUGUUAGCAAAGAUGAAGACCCAUAUAAAAUUACAACAGAAUUUAUCAGCUCAACAACCAUCAUUUAUGGAAUUGGAUUUGCUUGUUUAAUAUUUAUCGUUUAUCUCUACACCAAACGUAUGAGAAGAAACCGUGCAAACACCACAAACAACAAUCAUGGACAUCAAUAUUUCAAUCUUCAAGAUAUGCGUGAUUAG